AAAAGAUGUGAUGGUUUUGGAAUUUGUGGGUCUCGCCCCAGGUCCUUUUUGCGGAAAAAUUCUGGCAGAUUUUGGCGCUUCUGUGUUGAGAAUUGAUAAGUUGUGCUGGUUUGAUGAAUGUAGAGAAAUAUUUUCUCCUUCGCUAUUUCAUCAACUAUGUAUGUAUGUAUCAACUCGUUGCUUCGAGUUGACAGUUGUGCUGAUUUGCUACAUGUAAAGAAAUAUCUUCUCCGUCGCAAUUACAUCAACUAUGUAUAUCAACUCGCUGCUUUUGACUCGCCAAGAAAAAUCCGAUGCAGAAAAACCGAUGCUAUUAUUUGCGUGGAAGAAAUUAAACAAAUUUUAGUUUUUUUCAACUGAAGAAACUGUUCUGCUGCUACACAUAAUCCCAUCCUCGUCGCCACUGUAAGAACCUACUUGUUUGCCUUCACAGUAUAAAGAGUACUAAGCUAGAAUGUGUAUACAUGUACGUAAAUUACCAAUAGCUCUCGUUGUUCGCUCUCUGGUUCGGUUCUCCACAUUGCUCAUUCGACGAAUCUAUCGAUAUUGAAAAAGUUUGGGAAAAUAACUUCGAUGUAAUGACACAUGGAAAGACGACUCUAAAUAUUAAUUUGAAAACAUCCGAAGGGCGGAAACUAGCACGAAAACUUGUUCAAGUUCAUGAUGUACUGAUUGACCCAUUUAGACCUGGUGUAUUAGAGAGUGUUGGCCUUGGUCCCCAUGUUUUGUGCAAGGAAAAUCCUAGGUUAAUAUACGCUCGUUUAACAGGUUUUGGCCAAUAUGGCCCCUUAGCAAAACGAGCAGGGCAUGACAUUAACUACCUUGCGAUUUCUGGUGUUUUAUCUAUGUUGCGUUCUCAUAAUAAUAGACCAACUCCACCUUUAAAUAUCUUGGCAGAUUUUGCUGGUGGAGGCUUACUAUGUGCAAUGGGAAUUUGUUUAGCGCUUUUAGAACGCCAUCGCUCUGGUUGCGGACAAAUAAUUGAUGCUUCAAUGUGUGAAGGAGUUGCUUAUUUAUCCUCUUGGUUAUUUUUGUCCCGUUCGCUUCCCAUAUGGAAGAGUCAAUCAGGUCAAAGCAUGUUGGAUGGAGGUGCUUAUUUUUAUGAUUUAUACGAAACGAAGGAUGGGAAAUAUAUGACAGUAGGAGCUUUGGAACCAAAGUUCUUCGAAUUUUUUAAAAGUAAUUUAGAAUUGCCUGAACUCUGUCAAUUUCCUGAAAAUCAAUAUGAAAAAGAUAUUACUAUAGAUUUAGUAAAACAAGCAUUUAAAAAAAAAACGCAAGCUGAGUGGUCGGAUAUAUUUGAAAAUAACGAUGCUUGUGUUUAUCCAGUUGUGGAAUGGGAAGAUGUAGCUCAGUACGGGCAUAAUAAAUUUCGUACAAACUUUCAGCGAUUGAAUAAUGUAUGGGUGCCUGUACCGUCCCCAAAACUGAGUAGAACCCCUGGAAACAUUAAAAGUAUGACUACUCAUUCAACAAAUGAAAAUGUUUUAAAAAAUAUGGAAUUGAGCAAAGGAAAUAUAAAAGAAGGCGAAUCACUGUUUCCGACCAAAAAAUCAAAAAUAUAAGUAAAUGUAUAUGGAAGAUUAUGUCAAUUGACAAUUUAAAAUAGCGUGACCAAAAGUGUUUUAUAAAAUCAAGAGUAAAAGCAAAAUAUAUAAGAUUUAGUACAUAAUUAAUUAUUGUUAAUCAGAAUGAAAAUGCAUGGAAUCUUUGGAUCCAAAGUUUUAAUAUACACUGUGUAUCGCCAACUUAGUACACCUUUAUCAGUCUAAGAGAAUUGCUUCUAGCAUUUUUGUUGUCAACUUGCUUUAUUGUUUUGUGAUUUUCUCAUCUUUCAAUCACUGAUAAAGAGAACAUGCGAUAAUAAUGUUCCAUUACAUGGUUUUUACUAUUAUAUUCUUUUUAAUCAUUAAUAAUGUUUUAUUUUUGCAUCACCUGGUUAACACGUGCAAUUUGAUUGCAUUUCUCUUCGGAGACUGAAUACGUACUUUCACCAAAUAUUAUGAUAUUGCUAAGUGCUCUAUUUUUUUAGUAUGGAAAGCAAUAAUCGAAGCUUAUAAAUAAAAAUUUACUGCUUCCAAUAAUUGAAAUAUCAGAAAACUGGCAGAAGUCGAAGAGUUAUAUGCAAUUUCUUUCUUAAUAAGUCACGAGUACGGGCGAAAUAAUGAAGGCGGAUUUCAAUAAACUGAUUUCCGAUGUUAACAAAAGAGCAAUCUCACGCAACUCUUCAAAGUGUGCUAUUGAAACUAUUAAAACAAAAGAAAUAAACACCAUAUAAGGUUCCCCGAAAGAGCACGAUGGCAUGGCUUUAAAGUCUGAUUGGCGCUAUAUUGUCUUUUUAGAUGAAAAAAUAAUGAGGGCCAAAGGAUAAUAUUACUAUUAUCUUUUUCUGAAGGAGCAACAUCAGUUGGAACGGCUUCACAAGUGCUAACGGUAUGACUUUGCCAUCUUUUAUAUAAUAUGUGUGAGCUGCAAUUUUUCAAAAGUAAUAAGAAUGCACCUGUACUGAAAACUACUUUUCUCCAUUUAAAACUUUUCGAACUUUGAUAGAGUGCCCGCGUGUUUAAGCCUUGGAUUGAAGAAUAAAACGAUAUUUAAUGCAGUUUCAACGUUACUUUACGGACAUAAAUGUAUUAGAAAUAUGUGGCGAUGGUUGAAUUAGUUGAUCGUAUGGUUGAUCAUCAAUUUUCAUGAAUUAGUCAAUCGGAUCUUUGAGAUCAUUCUCAACAAAGCGGGAUCGACUCAUUAUUAACAUAAAAUAAAAACAUUUAAAUUACUAAUUACAUAUGUAAGUUUAAAAAUAUGUUAUUGGCUAAAAACGGUCAACAAUAUAAAAAAAAGUUGAUAUGUGCUAACCUAUUGACCUAAUUUAAAUUGUUAACUUUUUUUUACUGAUAUCAGACAAAAAAAAUUAUUAAAACAUAUGGAAAGGGUAAA